AGCCUUUUCCUCUCUCCCCUACAUAACUAUCUCCCCAACAACCCCAGUCUCGGAAAAAUCGAGCGAGAGAGAGAGAGAGAGUUAUUGCAGCGAUGGCUUCAACGAGUCUGGUGAAACUCAAUGCUUCCUCCUCUCAAUGGAUCGGCCAGCAGUCCUUCAACCGCCCCGGCUCGAUUCGGUCGAGUCCGCGCCGAGUCGCCGUCCCGAUCCGUGCCGGAUCCUACACAGACGAACUCGUUCAGACCGCUAAAACUGUUGCUUCUCCUGGACGUGGUAUCCUUGCCAUUGAUGAAUCAAAUGCGACUUGCGGAAAGAGGCUUGCUUCGAUUGGUUUGGACAAUACCGAAACCAACCGCCAAGCUUAUAGACAGCUUUUGCUGACCACUCCUGGCCUCGGAGAAUAUAUUUCUGGCGCCAUUCUUUUUGAGGAAACUCUUUACCAGUCUACGACAGAUGGAAAGAAAUUUGUGGAUUGUCUGCGUGAUGCAAAAAUCAUGCCCGGUAUUAAAGUUGAUAAGGGAUUGGUUCCUCUACCAGGAUCAAACAAUGAAUCUUGGUGCCAAGGUUUAGAUGGAUUGGCUUCAAGAUCUGCUGAGUAUUACAAGCAAGGUGCCCGCUUUGCAAAAUGGCGGACGGUUGUUAGCAUUCCUUGCGGUCCUUCCGCUUUGGCUGUGAAGGAAGCUGCGUGGGGACUGGCACGUUAUGCUGCUAUUUCUCAGGAUAAUGGUCUUGUGCCGAUAGUGGAGCCUGAGAUUCUCCUUGAUGGGGACCACUCGAUUGACAGGACGCUUGAGGUGGCAGAGCAUGUCUGGGCGGAGGUCUUCUACUACUUGGCUGAAAACAAUGUGGUUUUUGAAGGCAUCUUGCUCAAGCCUAGCAUGGUAACCCCGGGAGCUGAACACAAAGAGAGGGCUUCUCCUGAGACCAUUGCCAAGUAUACCCUCAAGAUGCUGAACCGGAGAGUGCCACCUGCUGUUCCUGGGAUCAUGUUCUUAUCGGGAGGACAAUCCGAAGUGGAAGCGACGCUGAACCUGAACUCGAUGAACCAAAGCCCCAACCCAUGGCACGUCUCGUUCUCCUAUGCACGUGCUCUCCAGAACACGGUCCUGAAGACGUGGCAGGGUCGCCCGGAGAACGUGGAAGCUGCGCAGCGUUCUCUUCUGGUGCGUGCCAAGGCAAACUCUCUUGCCCAGCUUGGCCGUUACACUGCUGAAGGCGAGAGCGAGGAGGCUAAGAAAGGCAUGUUUGUGAAGGGCUACACCUACUGAACAUGCAGGUAAACCUCCCCCCCACCCAAGCACUCCCAAGUCCUGGACUUGUUAUUUCUGAGAACUUAUCGUAAGCCUUUUUUUGGCAGUUUGAGGCGCUUUUUUUUUUUUUUUUUUUAAUAUAAAAAAAUUUAAGAAUAAGCAGUGAUUUUUAAAGGGACUUGGAAUCCCAGGAGCUGUUGGUUUUAGAAGUAAUUAGAUCUUAAUAUCUUUUGUCGACCUUACCCCUAAGACUAUUAGGGAUUUGUUGUAGUCUGCCAUCUUGGUUUCUUCUAGAGGAUGAUGAAUAUGCACUUGAAUUGCUGUAA